AUAGUGAAUCGAUUAAUUUUUUUUAUAAAUCAUAUAUUAUAAAAAUCUAGAUUUUAAUAUGUGCAUUUUAUUAUAUGCAUUUAUCAGUAUAAGAAAGUAAUAUUCCAUCAGAAUUCUUUACUAAUUCUUAGGAGUUAAUUGCUUUUUAAUUCGAGUUUCGCACGAUCGUUACAGCGACCUAACGAAACUUUUUUUGGAAAUCGAUGAACAAUUUUAUUUUCGAGAGACUACAAAAAUUGUAAAAAUAUAUAAUGUUCUUCACGAUCUUAUUGGGUUUCAUUUUAUUUUUGCUUCUAUUGCAUUGCUUUUUAAGAUAUAGUAGAACAGGAAGAAUUUGUAGUAAAAUUCCAGGACCUACAUCAUUUCCCAUAAUAGGAAAUUUAUUUGAGUUUCAAGUUCCUAAUGAAGAUCUCCUUUCAAAACUUUGGGAAGUGAAUAGACAAUAUUAUCCAUUUUACAAACUUUGGUUCUUAUGUUAUUUCGGAAUAAUUUUGCUUCAUCCGGAUGAUACUGAGGUACUUAUGAGAAGCAGUAAACAUAUUGAAAAAGGAUUAGUUUAUCACUUCUUGAAACCUUGGCUAUUUAAUGGAUUGCUAACCAGUUCAGCUGAAAAAUGGCAAAUGCGUCGGAAGAUAUUGACACCUGCCUUCCACUUCAAUAUCCUGAAACAUUUCGUUGUCACUUUUAACAACGAGACACGGUAUCUUGUAACGUCCUUAAAAGAGGAAGGGAAAGGAGCUGCUGUAGUUAAAGAUUUACAAGAAUUUAUCACUCAACAUACCCUAAAUAUAAUAUGCGAAACUGCAAUGGGUACCUCUUUGAAGGGGAAGGGCGAAUUAGAAUCUAAGUAUCGUAAUGCGGUUCGUAUUUUUAGCAAAACCGUGGCUUAUAGUUCAUCGUUUAUCAGAUUUGUCAGACCUUGGUAUUAUCCUGACAUUAUAUUUUCACUUUCGUCAGUUGGUCGAUUACAAAGGAAACAAUUGAAAAUUUUGCACAGUUUUUCGAAAAAGAUAAUUGCGGAAAGAAUACGUUUUCACGAAGGAACUAACGGGAAAUAUUUACAUAACUUUGAAGGAAUAGAUGAGGAUGAUGGCUCUUGUGAAGGAACCGAGAAUCGUAAUAAAAAUUUGAUGUUCAAGAACAGACUUGCUCUGCUUGAUCUACUUAUAGCCAGUUCUUUGAACGGAAAUCAAAUCGACGAGGAAGGCAUUCGAGAAGAAGUCGAUACUUUCAUGUUUGAGGGUCACGACACUACGGCAUCGGCGUUGUGCUUUAUUUUGAGCCUUUUUGCAAAACACAAAGAUGUCCAGGAACGUAUAAGAGACGAAGUGAAGCCGGUUAUGCAAGAAAAUUAUAAUCUGACAAUUUCGAUGCUUCAAGAAUUUCCAUAUUUGGAGAGAUGUUUGAAAGAAUCACUUCGUUUGUAUCCAAGUGUUCAUCUUAUAUUUCGUCAUUUGAUGCAAGAUUUGCAACUAAAAAAUUAUUUACUCCCAGCUGGUUCGAUUUGUCACAUAAACAUCUACAGUAUUCACAGAAAUCCCAAAUAUUGGCCUAAUCCCGAAGUUUUCGAUCCCGAUAGAUUCUUACCAGAAAAAAUAAAAGAACGUCAUCCUUAUUCAUAUAUACCCUUUAGUGCUGGACCAAGAAACUGUAUCGGUCAGAGAUUUGCCAUGCUUGAAAUUAAAGUAAUAGUAGCAUACAUAUUGUAUAACUUUUAUUUGGAACCAGUGGAUGAUCUUGAUGACGUAAAAAUGAAUGCUGAUUUUACACUGCAUUCAAUUAACCCACUCCGUGUCAAAUUUAUACCUAUAAAAUAGUAUCUUUCCAUAUUUUAUAUUCUCCAACAUUUGUUCAAUAUUUUUCUUGGUAAUCAACCAGGAGAUACAAGAGAAGGAUUUUUUUAUAUCGUUUAGAAUCGAUAUAGGAGUCUUUGUCUAAGAUGUCUAUAGGAAAAAUUCGAAAGUACUGCGCGAACGCGUGCUAAUUAUUAUUUUCAAGUCUCAUUUUAAUAGUUAUACAAGCUCUUUCAUUUUAAAUAGUUAUAAAUAAUUGUAAAUAAUUUGAAUUUUAUAUAAAUUGCUACAUCAAAUGUA